GUUCCAGUGGAGUACAGACGUGCCCCUCUCAUCUCAACAUUUGUGCCGAAUACUUGUCUAAGAUAAUAUGUCUUACGUUUACGAAGAUAAAGAUCCAGCUUUCGCAGAGAAAUGUGGCGAUAUGAUGCUUUAUUCUACUCAAGUAGGUUUCCUCAAAAAUCUUGCCGAGGAACUGAUCGCAUUGGCAAACGAAGAUAAUUGGUUGGAAUCAUUCGAAACUAUCAACAAUGAAAAAAAAGUCGAGGCAGUAAUGGAGAAUAAAAAGUUAAUGAACGCUAUAAAAGAAGUAUUCUCUCCAAUUCAACCUAUCUUCCGUGACAAGGAUGCUAAGAUUGCCCAGGAGAAGCGUAAAGCCGCUGCUGAAGCCUUGAGGGACGGAGAGCUUGAGAAAAGUUUGGGUCUUGCGAGUCAGAGCGUACUCAGAUCACCUAUGACAAAUGUGGACGAAUCAGUAGAUGGGGGAGUCUCUCUUGCCCUAGGUUUGUGGCUGCGGUCCGAAAUAUUAAUGCGAGGUAACAGAUAUCAAGCAGCUCUUGAAGAUUUAAAGAUGGCCUUAAAGGAACGAAUACCGGCUAGGAUGCGCGGCCAAUAUUAUUGGAGGCUAGGAAACUGUUAUAAAGGCGCUGGCGAACCGACGAGAGCUAAAGUCUUCUAUGAAAUAGCGAACAGAUUGAUAGACGAUAAAAAGGCUAAAAUUCAAUUGCAUCAAGACAUGGAAUCUCUCGACUUUUCCCUGGAACCGAAACAUUCUGAAAACCAAAAAGGUACUGUGCUAUCUGGUGGCUCUAACUACGCUAUGCCGGCACUGUCCGACUUGAUAGAAAUAACAACGGAUCAAUUGAAGGGUCGUUACGCUGUUGCCAGUAUGCCAAUUAAAACUGGGGACGUACUUCUCAUUGAUCAACCUUACGCAGCGUGUCUUUUCCACAAAUAUUACGGUACACAUUGUCAGCAUUGUUUACGAAGGUUGGAAGACUGCGUGGAAGUAGCUCCUGUGGGGUGUCCAAAAUGUUCGGGAGUAGCUUUCUGUAGCGUCCAGUGCAAAGACAUCGCUAUCUCCACAUAUCAUCCAUAUGAAUGUCCCUUUAUGGGAUUAUUUAUAGGGUCAGGAAUGUCGGUGCUCAGUCAUAUAGCAUUACGGAUGGUCACUCAAGUCGGUCUCGAAACGAGUCUCGCCAUUUAUUCAAAGUAUUUGUCCAGCGAAGAAAUUUCUAACAAUGAAGUAAGCACAAAUCCUAGAAAAUGUAAAACAAGAAAUCGAAAAGAAAGAUUAACACGUUCUAGAAUGGGCCUAGGCAUGGUAUCCGAUGAUGAUGUUAUGAAGGAGGCCAAAAAUAGUUUCGAAGAUAAACAAAAUGAAUUAUUGAAGAGAGCAGAUGAAAUAUAUAGACUUUGUACUCACUCGGAGAAAAGAAAUGGAGAUGAUUAUUUAAAAAGAAUCGUGAUAGCGAUGUUUCUCACUGAAUGUUUAAAAAAAAGUGGCUUUUUUAAAGGUGAUGAAAACGAACAGCAACAAGCAAAUGUGUUAUCCAUAUGUAAGUUGAUAAUACAGAACCUCCAGCUGCUUCAGUUCAACGCACACGAGAUCUACGAGACGCUGCGAGGUGCUCACAUGUUCACCGGCUCAAAGCCCUCGUACAUUGCAGUAGGCAUUUACUCCACCGGCGCUCUGUUCAACCACGAGUGCAGUCCCGCGGUGGCAAGAUAUUUUGAAGGUUCUAAAAUAAUUCUGCGAGCUAUCCGACCGCUUGAAGCUGGGGAAAUGGUGUCUGAGAAUUAUGGGCCAAAUGUUUUGGUUCGCAACCUCGCUGAGCGGCAGAAGUCCCUCGCCUGCAGAUACUGGUUCAAAUGUGACUGCCUCGCUUGCAAGGAGGACUGGCCGCUCCUUAAACAGAUGAAUUUUAAUGAUCCCAUCCUGAGAUGUCCGAACAUAUUAUGUUCCUGGAAAUAUAGACCGAAUCCAGAUAAUCCACCAGAAAAAUGUCCAAAGUGCUCUGUUCCUAUAGAAAAGUGCCUUAUAAAUGUUUAUAUUGAAACAGUUGAAAGGUGUCUAGCCGGAUACGAGAAAGGCGCCAGUUUAAUGGAAGAGGAACGGGCCGAGGAGGCAGCAGCCGCGCUGUGCGCUGCGGUGGACGCGUACCACAACGUAGGCCGCUUGCCGCACCGCGAAACCUUCCUCGCGCAAGAGUCUCUGCGCGCCUGUUUCGCCACUGCCGGCAACACACACCGCGUCAAACACAACCCCCAGCUUGGUGAUAAGUAAUACCCCUACAAUUUAGUUUUAGUCACUUUCAUUUUAAAAUGUUACGUUUUUAUAUUCUUUUUUUUAAUAA